AGACCCCAGUCAGUCAUGAUGGCCGUGAGGGUUCUGGUGCUGGUUCUGGCCCUGCUGGUGAGCGCUCGCAGCGACGUGAGGGCCAGAGACCCUGAGGUGGAGCAGCGGGAGCAGCAGGAGGAGGACUGGGCGGGAGCGGCGGGCGUGGUCAGUGCCACAGAGACCCCCCUGCUGGGAGAGGGCGGCAACUACCCGGCCCGAAGCGGGAACUGGUGUGCGUUUGUGCAGAAGCGUGUGGUGAGCAUGGCGGUGGCGUGCGGGACAGAGAAGUACACCAUCAAGUCUCAGAGUCCGUGUCCCAGCGGAUCACCAGAAUGUCACCUGGUCAUGUACAAGCUGUCCACUCGGCCGCUGUACAAACAGCAGCAGAAGACGUUCACUGCCCUCUUGUGGAGAUGUUGUCCAGGACAUGGAGGAAACAACUGUGACGACACAGUCGCUGAAGAAGCGCACACACACACAGGAAGUGCGGCAUCCAAAGUUCAAGGUGCACCUGAAGGUCUCCACAAUCCUGGCGUGCAGCAGCAGCAAGGAGACCCCGACGGCGAGCAGAACGAUCACCAGGGGUCAGUCAACACACAACACCAUGUCAACCAGCGCAAUGCCACAAGCCCCGCCCACAACCACCAUGGAGCCCACGUACCCAAUAGUGAACACACUCCGCAUCCCAGUCACGUCUUUCAUCAGGACCAGCACGCCUUCCAUGUCCAGAAUCAAGACCAUGUGCAGCAUCAGGACCAUGUCCAGCAUCCAGUCCACGUACAGAAUCAGGACCAAGUCCAGCAUCCUCUUAAUGUCCAACAACCAAUCCAUGUCCAGAUUCACGACCAUGUCCAAUAUCCCAUCCGUGUCCAGAAUCAGGACCAAGUCCAGUAUCCUAUCAAUGUCCAACAUCCCAUCCAUGUCCAGAAUCAGGACCAAGUCCAGCAUCCUAUCAAUGUCCAACAUCCCAUCCGUGUCCAGAAUCAGGACCAGGUCCAGCAUCCUAUCACUGUCCAACAUCCAAUCUAUGUACAGAAUCAGGACCAAGUCCAGCAUCCUAUUGACGUCCAACAUCCAAUCCAUGUCCAGAAUCAGGAUAAUGUCCAGCAUCCCAUCCAUGUCCAGAAUCAGGACCAUGUCCAGCAUCCAAUCAAUGUCCAACAUCCAAUCAAUGUCCAGAAUCAAGACCAAGUCCAGCAUCCUAUCCGUGUCCAGAAUCAGGACCAUAUCCAACAUCCCAUCCGGGUCCAGAAUCGGGACCAUGUCCAGCAUCCAAUCAAUGUCCAACAUCCAAUCAAUGUCCAGAAUCAAGACCAUAUCAAACAUCCCAUCCGUGUCCAGAAUCAAGACCAAGUCCAGCAUCCAAUCAGUGUCAAGAAUCAAGACAAAGUCCAGCAUCCUAUCCAUGUCCAGACUCAGGACCAUGUCCAACAUCCCAGUCGCGUCCUUAAUCAGGACCAGGCUAUGCAUCCUAUCAGUGUCCAGAAUCAGGACCACGUCCAGCAUCCUAUCAAUGUCCGGAUUCAGGAUCAAGUCCAGCAUCCUAUCGAUGUCCGGAAUCAGGACCAAGUCCAGCAUCCUAUCAAUGUCCAGAAUCAGGACCAUGUCCAACAUCCCAGUCGCGUCCUUCAUCAGGACCACGCUAAGCAUCCUAUCAGUGUCCAGAAUCAGGACCACGCCCAGCAUCCUAUCAACGUCCAGAAUCAGGACCAAGUCCAGCAUCCUAUCAAUGUCCAGAAUCAGGAUCAUGUCCAGCAUCCUAUCAAUGUCCAGAAUCAGGACCAUGUCCAGCAUCCUAUCAGUGUUCAUAAUCAGGACCAAGUCCAGCAUCCAAUCAAUGUCCGGAAUCAGGACCAAGUCCAGCAUCCUAUCAAUGUCCAGAAUGAGGACCAAGUCCAGCGUCCUAUUAAUGUCCAGAAUCAGGACCAAGUCCAGCAUGCCUCCAACACACACGGCCAGGAUCUCCUUCCUGGUGUGUCUGAGGCGGAGGUGCUGCCCGCAGAGCUGCCUGUCCCUCACAUGAUGGCGCUGCUGGACGGCUUCAACCGCUCGCUGGCGCUGCUGAGUCAGCAGGUUGGCACCUUGGCACGUGAUGUUGCCCAGCUGAAGAGCGUCCAGCAGGAGCAGGAGGAGGAGGAGGAGGAGAAGGAGGAGCGGCCGGGCGCCGAAGUGCUCCACCAGAUGGUGGCGCUGCAGCGACAGAUGGAUGUCCAUCAGAGGGAGGUGGAAGGAAGGCUGCACUCCCAGCAUGCAAUGCUGCAUUACAACAUCAGCAGCUUCAAGACCGACGUCGACCUCAAACUCAAAAGACAUCACAAGAUGCUGCAGAUCAGCCUGCAGGCCAUGAACGCUACACUGGCUGAGAUGAAACAGCACCAAGACCGAGACCGAGACCAGGACCAGGACCAGGACCAGGAUCAGCCGGAGUGGCCCACCCUGGCGGUGCAGCCAUCCCCUGCAGUGUGGGAGGCCAUCAAGCGUCUGGACAACAUGGUGGUCAACAACACAGUCAAGGUGGGUGGACUGAUGGAGGACGUGGAGGCGACGGCGGGCGGCGUCCAGCAGCUGAAGCGGGACAUGAAGGCGCUGGGCGAGCGCAUCAACCAGACGGCGAGGACCAGCCAGGUCCAGUUCAUGGAGACGGGUCUGGAAGUGGAGGCGGCCAAGGUGGCGGUGCUGAGUCAGGUGGGCGAGCUGGCGGCAAACGUGAGCCAGCAGGGGCAGCGUCUGCAGGAGAUGGACGUGGACGUGGACUACCUGUACACUGUCCUCUACAAACACAACGCCUCCGGCCAGUGCGACUGUCUCCGCCUCCAGGACGCCGUGGCAACACUGGAGAGGGGCGUGGCCAACGUGACGGAGCUGGCCAAUGAGAACCGGCUAGCUCUGGACGAAGACAAACAGGCCGGGACGGGGCAGUUGGGCGGGGCCAGCGACUGGGAGCCGGCGGUGGAGGCGGUCCAACGAGGCCUCCAGCAGGCCAUGGAGUCCCUGGUCUCACACCAGACCAGGACCAGGACCCUGGACCAGGACCUGGCCCGGCUGGGCAGCGGACUGGAGGAGGCGGCUGCGGAGGUGUCGCGGCUGAAGGAGGUGGACAGGAAGCGGACGGACGAGAUGAAGCGCCUGUCGGGGUCCUUCAACUCCCUGCUGAAGGACGCCAUUCGCCACAGCGACGUGCUGGAGCUCCUGCUGGGCGAGGAGGUGCUGGAGUUCCUGGAGUGGCCCCUCCAGGACCAGGAGGCCCACUCCAUCCCCGCCCUCAAGGAGCAGCUGAGGCUCCUGCAGGAGCAGCUCCAAGGACACAACCUCAGUCUCAGCCGGUUGCUAGGCGGCGGGCAGGAAGUUCCCCCCGCGGACGAGCCGUCUCCCUGGUUGGCGUCCAGGCAGCACGGAGACGCCGGCGACCUGCGGAAGAUGGAGAGGAGCGUCGACGAGCCGAGGCCGAAGGCGCCGCAAGAAGCACCCUGCUGCCCGCACCUUGCGGGAGGGGCGCCGCCCGCUGGCGAGGAGGCCACACUGCACACGGAGGUGGCGCGGCUGAAGAGGGGACUGGAGGAACACCUGAGGACGUUCAAGAGCGUCUUCAGCAACGCCGACGUGCUGGAGCGGAGCCACGCCACGCUGGAGCUGGACCAGGUGUGGCGGCUGCUCGGCAAAAAGAAGGAGCGAGGAGGGCGCCGUCGGAGCAGGAGGCGGGCUGGAGACGUCCACGCCGCUCUCAGCCAAUCACACGCCACAAAGGACGCCGCCUCCCCUCACAGAGCAUCAGGCGGUGUCCUCCGUGCUGAUGCGUCUCUCGACAAAGGAAACUUGGGCAGCCGCAGCGGGGGGGACGUCGUCUACGCGUUCACGCUCGCGACGGACAUGAGGGCGCCGAGGAAGCCCCUCCACCAGCAGGGGGCGCCGUCACGGCCUCGCACCGCCCACCUGAGGCUCAGGAGGGGGGAGGAACUUAGACUGGAGAUAAGGGGCGGGGAGCGGGCCGAUCCAGGCGACGCCGUUGCCGUGCUGUUGUUACGCCGGGACACCUGAGGGCGCUGUGAGCCAACCAGGAGGUAAAGACAAGAAAACGGCGCAUGAAGUCACUCGUGGAGCGAAUGACCGAACAUAGCAUGCUAACAUGAGGAAGCUAACAUAACCACUUCAAACACCACAACACUUUUGUCAGUACACUGUGUGUGUACCAUGUGUACUUACUUCCUGUGUCCCACGUCCACUCUCGUCCCUGCACUUCCAUCACCCAACAGUUUUGGUCCGUGUAUGUCCGUUUUGGGUUUGGAAUAGAGAAAUAAUUCAAUAUAAAAAUCCAUUUUCCUCGAAUUUUGGUUUGAUGAUAAAAAAAUAACCACUCAAUCAAUGUUUACUUAUAUAGCCCUAAAUCACGAGUGUCUCAAAGGGCUGCACAAGCCACAACGAAUAAAGGAUUUAUUAAUGCGUUUUAAAAAAUAGGAAUUAAAACUUUUUUCUCCAUUCACAUUGCACAUGCGCAGUCUCUUCCGUAACCUUGUGUGCGGGUGACCUGGAAGAACAAUAGCAGAAGAAGAACAGCGACUUUUGCGGGACCGCCAUCUUGGAGUGGUGAUCCGCUCCACUCAGAGCAAUUAAUUUGGCAGGAGUAAUGAACUGUCAGCGCAUUUAAUUCAUCUUACCUCCUGAAUACCACUGAUUUUCACUGUUUUUUUUUUUGUCAUACGUGUAGCUAUGAUAAAAGACACAUGUUUUGGCGUGUUUUAUUAUUCAUAGUUUGCUUAACAGUAAUAGAAUAUUCUUAUGUGCUAUAUAAGUGACCAGACGUCCGAGAUCAAAACUAGGAAUAUAAACCCAGAGAAGGGUGGGAAAAAUCCAUCCAUCCAUCCAUUUUCUACCGCUUAUUCCCCUUCGGGGUCGCGGGGGGGCGCUGGCGCCUAUCUCAGCUACAAUCGGGCGGAAGGCAGGGUACACCCUGGACAAGUCGCCACCUCAUCGCAGGGCCAACACAGAUAGACAGACAACAUUCACACUCACAUUCACACACUAGGGCCAAUUUAGUGUUGCCAAUCAACCUAUCCCCAGGUGCAUGUCUUUGGAAGUGGGAGGAAGCCGGAGUACCCGGAGGGAACCCACGCAUUCACGGGGAGAACAUGCAAACUCCACACAGAAAGAUCCCGAGCCUGGAUUUGAACCCAGGACUGCAGGAACUUCGUAUUGUGAGGCAGACGCACUAACCCCUCUGCCACCGUGAAGCCCUGGGUGGGAAAAAACGGUCAGCUAUUUUUAAGUUGAAGAAACAAUAUGAUUAGGUUAUAUAUACAUGCGUAUAUCCGACAUAAACAAUGUAUGAAUACACUAGGUAUCUGUAAAUGAUCAUGUUUACAAAGAUUAUUAUAUACCAGUUAUGUAUUUUUUAUGUAUACUUAAACAUAAACAUAUAUAAACACAUGAAAGUCUUUAUAUUAGCUAAAACCACCAAUCUGUUUCACUGGAUUCAGAAUAAAACAAAAUUAUGUCUUACCCAACAAUGAACAAUCAAAGAUCUUUGCUCCUUCUCAACUCUGUGUGAAUGUUAUUUUCACAAAAUACAACCAAUAAUACGUUAAUGUUUAAUCUUACUUGUGAAAAGUAAUCUCUCCGAUUCCUAUUUUUAAAAGUCCACUCAUUUGAGCAGGAAAACGCUGAGCACCAGUCCGGCAUCUUUGUUUUCUACCUGUCAACUGUCAGUUUAGGCUGCUCGCCGGCUCCUCGUCACCACUUCAAGAUGGCGGCCGAAUUUCUUGCGUCACAGCAGCCAACGCUGCGUCUACUUAUAAGAUGUCUAUUACUUUUGCCUACUCAAUAUAGAAACGAUAAAAUAUGUCACUUUCCAUGUCUCAGGACAUUAAAAAUAGAAUUGUUGAACACGACAAACUUGCUUUGACAACAUUGACAUCGCUGUUUGUCUACUUUUUCUUCUGUUGUUGUUCUGGUUCACUUACACACGAGAAAAAGAGACACUGCGCAUGUGCAAUACAAAAUAGUUUCCCGCUCGUUGUCUUAAAUUUCGAUUUUUACAAACACAUUGAUACAUUUAGAUAACGUUUCUGGGGGAUACUGAUUUUUAUGUUCGAAGCUCAAAACAGAAGACCGCGACACAUACGACCAGUUUUGAUUGAGACUUGUAUUAGUAGAUUGCACAGUAUAGUACAUAUUCCGUAGAAUUUACCACUAAAUGGUAAAACCCGAAUAAGUGUUUCAACUUGUUUAAGUCGGGGUUUACGUUAAUCAAUUCAUGGUAAAAGUUUCUCACCAGCUGCCAUUAUUUAAGUUUUCUGCUUCUUCUACGCAACUGCCCGCUCUGUUGGCGCCCAAACUCCGCAACUUCCGGUCUCCGGGUUACGUUUCUUAACAUCCAAUAAUCGACAACUACACUUUCAAAAUAAAAGUACUACGUUUUUUUUCGUAAUCGAUUUUAGCGUUUCAAAUGCUUUGAAUGCACAUUAUUUUUGUAAUAUUUGUACACGGCAGGAAGUUGUUCGAGCAAAAAGAUCGGGCAGCUUAACGACAUCUGUCCAAGUCUCCACAAACGUACUGUGCAACAUGCGAGUACUUAAAAUAAUUACCAAUAAUUUUCCUAAUGAAUAAUACUUACCUGAAAAGUGAUAAUUUAAUCUUCUAUUGAAAUGUUUUAUCUGUAAAAAAAAUCAACUAAUCUUUGAUGUAUUCUAAAAAUGUAAGUUUGACUUGUGAUAUUUAUGUCCAAAUGCAUAUUUAAAUAAAAAGAUUAUGACCUAAGCUGCUGUUUUGUGAACAAUAAAAGAUGCAACAUCAUCUUGCUGAAAUGAAAACUGA